CCUCCAAAAGAUUGGGACUUUGGAGAUGUACCACAGGAAUUCUUUAUAGACGUUUUAGUCGGCGUUGUGAACGAACUGGAAUAUUUUAACGCCAUGUUAAAAAGCCAGGCAUUAAAGCAUAACUUCGACAUUUACGGUGAACCAAUUUCAGCAGUUGCCAAGAUCGACGGGGACUAUAUGAUUAAUGUUGCCAAGAAGCUCCCUUUUGAAGCUUGGAUAGCCGUAAAUUGGGCCGGGCUUAGAUUUGUCUACGAUGGAUUUUCGGUUGCUCAAGAAUCCAUAAAACGGAACGGAUACAAAUAUGCUUUCCAAGACUAUAUUGACGUAUAUACUUCUCCUUUGUUUAAAAAUUCGAGCGAUCAGCUUGAGUUUUUAACAAAUAUUAUUUAUAAAUCUAAGUGCGCAAAUAGAAAGAUAGCAAUCAAAGUUAUUAGUGAUCAUAUAAAUAAUGACUAUGCAUUAUUGGCGGAUAAUAUAAAUUAA